CCGGGGGAUUGCAGUAGACGAUGUUAUUGAGCGCUGUCCGGUGCAGUCGAGGGCUGGUGGGGCCUGUGGUUGCCGGCUAUGGAAAGGAGUGUGUAUAUAUGUUCCGGUACCUCCAGGAUUGCAGUAUCUCAGGGCCCCUGCUCCUUCACAGAUUCUAUCAUGAGUGGGUGGUCAAUAUUCGGAGGCUCCCCGCAAUACUGACAGAUUGUGAAAAACGUCAUAUCCAUGCCCAGGGGAAUGGUUCUCAGAAGUCUGCCUCCCAAAAUGAGAAAGAGUCCACCUCUGAGGAGGUGGCAGGGUCUUCAAAAGACGAACAGCCCCUUUUUGCCGUUCCCCCAACACUGCUCCCUCCCACUAACUGUUGCAUGAGUGGAUGCUACAACUGUGUGUGGAUUGCAUAUACAGAAGAGCUGCUGAAAUAUUACCAGGAUGGAGGCGAACAAGCACUAGCCGCUGUCGAGAAACACAUAGAGGAUGAGAGCAUAAAGAUGCUUUUAAAGAUGGAAAUAAAAUUCCGCAUGAAGAAAGACUGAAGUUCUUUAACGGGUGAAGUGACCUGGGUCACCCAGGGUCUCCGGACAUAGCAAAUUCUGAAGAAAUACUAACUAUUUAUAGUCCUUUUUAAGUACAAAUGCUUAAGUAUGUUAUUAUGUGAGUUCUCAAAUCCAUUGGUGUGAUACACUGAUAGAAUAUUCUGAUUAAUUUAUUUUUGUGCUUGGAAUGGUACGGUUCUUAUGCUGCAGUACUUGAUGGCAUGUACAAGCGUGCAGAUAACAGUGACCCUGUAGACAUUAUAUACUUGGACUUUCAAAAGGUUUUUGAGAAGGUACCUCACCAAAGUAAGCUUAGCAGUCAAUGGGAUAAGAGGAUGGGUUCCUCUUAUCCAGGGCUUUUUUUCAGCAGGAAUGCGGUGGAACAG